UUAAUUUCUUGAUGACAUGUUAAUGUAGGAGAGAGAGAGAUGAAGAUGGCCAAGAUCAAGUUGAUCUUUGGAUUCCUUCUACUUUAUGCAUCAGCACCUCGUAGCCAUGCUGCAGACACCAUAACUGCAAACCAAAUCCUUAGAUAUAACCAAACCAUCAUUUCUCCACAAGAAACCUUCGAACUUGGUUUCUUUAGCCCGGGUAACUCCAUCAACCAUUAUGUCGGAAUUUGGUACAAGAAAAUAUCGACCGGAACCGUUGUAUGGGUAGCCAACCGGAAGACACCACUCACACAUACCUCUGUCGAGCUAACUCUCACCCUUCAAGGAGUUUUAAUUCUUCGGGACGCUACCACGGGCACUGUCAUAUGGGCGUCAGCGAACUCAUCAACGACAUCAGCAAGGAAUCCAAUUGGCCAGCUUUUAGAUACAGGCAACUUUAUAAUUUACGACAACAAUCAAGAAAAUCCCAUAUGGCAAAGUUUUGAAUUUAUUACAGACACUUUUCUUCCUGGAAUGAAGGUGGGCUGGAAUUUGGUUACAGGAACUGAAACGCGCUACACGUCAAAGAAAUCCGAUGAUGAUCCUGCUGCUGGUGAGUUUUCUGCUGGGCUUGAUAUUAGAGGUUAUCCUCAGACGAUUGUAACAGAUGGCCUGGAAAUAAAAUUCAGGGACGGUCCAUGGAAUGGGCUCAGGUUUAGCGGAGCUCCUAAUUUGAGACCAAACCCCAUCUACAACUUUACCUUUGUUCUUAAUGAGAAAGAAAUUUACUACCAGUACAAUCUUAUAAAUACUUCGGUUUUUACCCGGCUGGUGUUACAACCAAGUGGUCGUAUAGAGCGCUUAUUAUGGAUUGAUAGCAAACAGGUAUGGGACAUUUAUCUGACCAGACAAAAUGAUAUCUGUGAUCAGUACGCGGUGUGUGGGCCAUUUGGGAGCUGCAACAUUGAUAACUCCCCGGUUUGUGAAUGUUUGAAGGGGUUUGAGCCCACAUCUCCUGAUCAGUGGAGGGUUGGAGAUUGGUCACAAGGGUGUCGACAUACUGUCCCUUUGGAUUGUGAACCUGGGGAGGGGUUCAACAAAUACUCAAAUCUGAAGUUACCCGACACUCAGAGGUCAUGGUAUAAUAUGACGAUGACCCUUGUAGAGUGUGAGAAAUUGUGUAAAAAGAAUUGUUCAUGUACCGCUUACACAAAUGCGAAUAUCUCAGGGUCUGGGAGUGGUUGCUUGCUGUGGUUUGGCGACCUAAAUGAUAUCAGAACGUUUGCUGAUACUACUGGUGACACUCUUUAUAUACGAAUGCCACCUUCAGAGCUAGACUCGAUAGAAAAAAGCCAAAGCUCAGGUGCAGGGAGAAGAAUACGAGUUAUUGUCCCCAUAGCAUUUGUGGUUUUGAUCAUACUAGUUUCAAUAUGCUUAUUCUAUCGUUAUUAUAGCAAGAAGCACCAGCAACAAGGGACAUCCGAAAACGAUGAAGAUCUAGAGCUGCCACUAUUUGGCUUGUCUACAUUACUUAAAGCUACAAACAACUUUUCAAUGAACAACAAACUUGGAGAGGGGGGCUUUGGACCAGUUCACAAGGGUGUGCUCGAAGACGGGCAAGAAAUAGCAGUGAAACGGCUAGCAAAAACAUCAACCCAAGGACUUCACGAGUUCAAGAAUGAAGUCAUCCUUAUAUCUAAACUACAACAUCGCAAUCUUGUCAAACUCUUGGGUUGCUGCAUAGAGGGAGCUGAAAAGAUGUUGAUUUAUGAAUACAUGCCAAACAAAGGCCUUGAUUCUAUCCUAUUUGAUAAAACUCAAAGCAAACUCCUUGAUUGGCCUGCACGAUACCACAUAAUCAUGGGAAUUGCUCGAGGACUUCUUUAUCUUCAUCAGGAUUCUCGACUGAGAAUCAUACAUAGAGAUCUCAAAGUCAGCAAUAUUUUACUUGACAAAGAUAUGAACCCAAAGAUAUCUGAUUUUGGGAUGGCUAGAAUUUUUGGAGGAAAUCAGAUACAGGCAAACACAAACAGAGUGGUUGGAACAUAUGGCUACAUGGCGCCAGAGUAUGCAGGAAAUGGUAUAUUUUCAAUAAAAUCAGACGUAUAUAGCUUCGGAGUGUUAGUGCUGGAAAUUUUGAGUGGGGAAAAAAACAAAGGGUUCGUCCACAAAGAACAUUGGGACAACCUUAUCGGAUAUGCAUGGGGACUCCAUAAUGCUGGCGAAUCCUUGCAAUUAGUUGCCAAGUGCCUAGGUGAAACAAUAAAUGUAUCACAAGCUAGGCGUUUCGUCCAUGUUGGUUUGUUGUGUGUUCAAGGUCACCCAGAAGAUAGACCCACUAUGACAUCUGUGAUCAUGAUGUUGGGGAGUGAGAUUUCAUUGCCUUCACCCAAAGAACCAGGAUUUUACUUUGGAAAAACUAAGCACGAUACUAAUCAAUCUUCAAGUUCAUACGGAACAAGUUCUAAUAAUGAACUAAGCAUUACAAUGUUGAAUGGUAGAUAAAAUGAAAGUUACAUGUUUUAAACCAACAACUUCUAGCUAAAAGCUCAUUAGGCAUUUUGGAUUGACCAACAUGAGCUAUAGUAUUGUGUAAAUAAUAUGAACUUUUGUAUCUUGCCAGUUGCUUGGACAGGGAUAUAUAAUAAACACGUAUCACAAAUAAGUUACUCAUCUCAUCUUGGUUUUAAGGAUAUUUACAAUGAUUGUACACAACAUCACUU